CUAUAAUCUGUGUUAAGAAAAAAAAGUGACACACACGCCAUAAUGUAAAUUGCAUUUUGAUUUGGCGUUUUAGUUAAAAAUUACUGCAUUUUGGUGUUUAAAGUUCGUGUUACAAUAUGUAUUUAGGACUAAUAAAAUGUAUAUAGCGAAUAUUGGGUAAUUCCUUGCGAUGGCUCAAUACUAUCAGAUAGUUGGGCAAGGACCAUCACUGACUCUAGAAGACUUACAACGGUACUGUCCAAACCUAUGCUUGGACGGUAUCAUUGUCAAUCAAGAAGACCAACAGUAUGGGCAACAACAGCAGGUAGUAGUACAGCGAACCGAGCAGCCAAAUGACUUGAUAGUGAGUGAAGGUGUCCAACCCCAGUUGCUGGUUGGCGGAGACGGGCUGCAGUACCAACAGCAGUACAUCAUCCGGCACGAGCCCCCGCCCCCGCUGCCGCCGCCGCCCCCGCCGCCAACGAAUAAUGACUUCCAACAGCAGCAGCAGCAGAGGCAACCUUUGCAUCACCAUGUUUACUACACAUCCGAUUUACCUGUGGAUGCUCAAGUUGUAUUGCAACAGGCUCAACAAAUCAUUGAUGCAUCUCUGAUGCAACAGUCAUCUACACAACGUCCUCAACAUCCGACGGUGAUCCACCCGGCGCAGCAGCCGCCGCCGCAGCCCCCGCCCCCUCCACCCCCGCAGCUCGCGCCGCCGCCGCCUCCGCCACCGCCGCCGCAACAGCAACAGCAGCGCGCCACCCCCCAACUCCUCCAACACCUACAACAGCAGCACCAGCAGCAGAUCCAGCUGCAGCAGUUCCAGCAGCAGCAGCUGCAGCUGCAGCAGCACCUGCAGCCGAUACAGCACCAGCAGGUGGUGAUGACGCACGCGGCUUAUAUCAAUCAGCAGCAGCAGCAGCAACAGCAACCGGCAACACCGAACCGCGGCGCGGCGCCCCGCCUCCUCAACCAGACGCUCAGCCCGGGCGUGACGCUAGUGCGAGGGGGGGUGCGCGCGGUGCGCGGGGGGGCCCGCCCCGCGCGCCCGCCCCCGCGGCUGUUGAAUGCACAGGCGCAUCAGCAACAGGUGCAACAGAACGUCGGGCUAGUAGGCCAACAAGUCCGCGGGCCGGGACCGCGCGCGCCGCGCCCGCUGCGCACCGCAUCGCCGCGGCUGCUGAACCCUCAAGCAGCUCAGACGACGCACAGGCCGGCCCGCCCGAGGACUCCUUCGCAUCAGUUUAGAAUUGGCUCGCCACGCUUGCUGAACGCGCAGUCGGCGGCCGCGCAAAGACCCCAGGGACCAUCGACACCUCUACAGGUAAAUCAACAAUCACAGCAACACCAAAUGGCGCAACAUGUGAUGCAACAACAAGUGCAUCAACAACAAAUGAACCAACAGCAAAUGAACCAGCAGCAAAUGAACCAACAGCAAAUGAACCAACAACAAAUGAACCAACAACAGAUGAACCAAAUGAAACUCAACAACCAUCCGCAACAUCAACUCCUCAACCAACAGACCCCGCCUCAGAGUUCAGCCGCCACCCCGACCCGCAUCAUCACGCAACAAGGCACCAUCAUCACGCAGGGCAUGCAGCAGAUGCAGCACACCGUCGUCCCAGCCAAUCAGAACAGCCCGUUGCCCCAGCAAACCAUGGCGGUCCAACAGCGAGCGUCCCCGCAAAUACCUCAGCAACCGGUCAAGAAGGUCGUCGUCCAACCAAACAACGCCAACGACAUGGAUGACUUAGAAGACAGUAUAACAGCCGCUAUUCUCACCAAGCACACAGUCAAUGACAAUGUCUCGCAACAGUUUCAACCGCAACAGACUCCGCCUAACUCGAUGCGGGCCAGCCACCCCGGUCCUUCUGUACCACAAAUAAACUACACCCCACAGUUACAAUACCAACCUCAGCAAGUUAAUUAUGAACAGCAGCAGAUUCAGCAUCAGCCGCCGCCUCAGAUGCAGCAUACGACCUUGAAUCAACUACUGAUGGAACAAGAUUCGUUGGACGAUGAGAGGCGGGUGCUGACGUUCCACAAUGGGCAGAAGAUCACGGUGGCGGAGUACAAGAGGAUGCAGCAGUCGCAGCGUGUGAUGCAGUCGCAGCAGCAGCAGUUGCAGCAGCAACAGGUUCAGCAGCAGGCGCAACAGCAGCAGCAGCUUAGGGAAACCGGUCGGCAAACACUAGUGAGAAGUAAGGAUCCCCAAAGGCCCGUACAGAGAGUCCCACCGAUGCAGGCGCAGCAAGUGCAGCAGCCUCAAACUGUAGAACACAAUGAAGUGCCGAGCGGGUCGGCGGAGCAAGCGACGGAACCGCAGUCGGCCAAGAUGUUAAUAUUCCUACAAAACGGAGAGCAACGACUGAUCACGUUCACACUGCCAAAGGAGAGUUGUACUUUGCAAGAAGUACUAGAACAGGUGAAUGUUCCGUUCUCGGAGGACACGCACAUCCAGUGCAUGCAGAAUACGAGCAGUGAAAUAGAUUACUUCGUGUCCGUCGGGUCCACCACUAGGAUCGAGGAGAUGUUAGAAAAUCAUCCCAUGCUUGUGGGAGAUAUAAGUAGUAGAAGUUCACCAAGUGUCUUAUCUCAGCCGCAAACCAGCGAAAUGUCUACGCCCGAAAAACUGCCAUUCCAGGAGACUGCAUCAAGUAGCCCCGGGUCGCCGCGGCCGCGCACGCCGCCGCCGCGCUACGUGGACGGCAUGCUGGCGCUGUGCAAGACCUGCGGCUACACCGGCUUCGACUUCAGCCGCUGUCAGAGAUGUAAACGUAUAUUUACCGAAGAGCCAAAAAGCGUACCUGUGAUGACCUCCAAAAAAGUCGAGAAGAAGAAGGAGCCAGAACGUGCCCAUUCCAGUUUAGAAAAGACUAGUCUUCUUGGCAUUGAAGGUGGAAUAAAGUUGAAUCUGCUGAAGGGCACAGUCAAAGCUACCAACAGCAAGACUCCCAAUGCGCAAGAGAAGAAGCCGGCCAGAGUGCGCAAGCCGCGCGGCAAGCAGCCUGAGCCGGAGCCCGUGAUACUCACGCUCAGCUCCGACGAGGAGGACUCCAACAGCUCUAUGAUUGGCAGCCAACCUGAAUAUUCUUCUUUGGUGAGCUUGAAGGAGCCUUCGCUGAGUGAGAUUGAAGCAUGGACACCUGACAGUGGAAUCGGCAUGGAUGAAAGCAGUAGAGAUGAUGUCAGUCAGGGUCCUCUGCAGGGCGUGGUCACAUCGUUCAACUGCAGGACUAUCAGGAUCGGUUCCUACAGAUACACUCCUAAGGAAAAGAUUUACAUAUCAAGUAAGGGGAUAAAAAUAGUGGCACCAUCACUGAAAGACGAGAGUCGAGAUGUAGCACUUCAGAUACAACUCAAAGAAGUGGUGAGAAUAUUGGUGCACUUUGGGAAAGGGCUACCUGUGAUAUUUCUGUACACCAUGAGCAAAUGUGGAGUUUACAUCAGAAAAGCUCUGGAAAUGACUGAUGAAUCGGGGCCUUACUAUAAUCCUAUUUCUAAAAUAGACCCCUUCAAAAGAAUAACACUACUGCCUGAAAGCAUUUCAGAAGAUGCUAAAGUGACAUUGAAAACAUUAUUUGGUAAGGUUAUGGAUGAAUUAAACGCCCGCGAGGCUAAUGACAUUCUUGUUAGAACUUGUCCUAAAGAAGGCAAUAAUGUCACAAAAAUGGCAACAAGAUCAUCAAGUGCUUCCAAUGCUGCUGCUAAAAGCUCGCCAGCUGAUAUUAGACAGAUUUUAAUUUACCCGCCUGGGAAAGGAGGAAUUCCCAUCAACACUGAAGACUACAUGUGUCUAGCCCAAGAUCAAUUUCUGAACGACGUGAUAAUUGAUUUUUACCUGAAACAUCUUGUGCACGACAUUUUAACGCCAAGUCAGAGGGAAAAGACUCAUAUUUUUAGUACUUUCUUCUAUAAGAGGCUGACAACUAAACCUAGUAAAGUGAAUAGGAAUUCAAACCCGCACGAGUGGGACAGUAGCCUGACGCCCGCACAGAAGCGACACGUCAGAGUCAAGACGUGGACCAAAAACGUCAACAUCUUCGACAAAGACUUUGUUGUGGUGCCAAUCAACGAGAAUUGCCACUGGUUUGUGGCGAUCAUCUGCUUCCCCAACCAGGAGGGCUGUCGUAGCAUGAUUGACAACAGAGUGGUCAAUCCCCAAGAGAUUAAGAAAAGAGAGCGACGGUCAUCAGUGCAACAGAUAGGGAGCACCACGAUCACGCCGCUGACUAAACAAGAACAGCUUACAUUAAGUUGUGACUCUGAUAAUCUUAGCGAACGUGAUGAAGCUGAAGCAGAGGAGAGUGAUUUAGACAUGCAAUGUGAUUCAGACGAAGAAGAGCCUGAUAAAGUAAUUCCUGAAAAGAAAGUGGAGCCACUGCCAGUCCGGCGAAAUGAACCAAUAAAACAGCCAUGCAUAUUGAUCUUCGACUCCCUGGCCGGAGCGUCGCGGUCGAGAGUGGUGGCCACCCUCAGGGACUACUUGACCUGCGAACAUCUAGCUAAAACGUCACAAAACAAGGUAUUCAACAAGGACAAUAUAAAGGGAAGCUGUCCAAAGAUCCCGCAACAAAACAACUUCACAGAUUGUGGCUUGUAUUUGUUGCAAUAUGUAGAACAAUUUUUUAAGGACCCAAUAUUAGAUUACAGUUUGCCAAUAAAGCAAUUGCAGAAUUGGUUUGAAGAAAUUGUGGUGACUCGGAAGAGAGAAGAGAUUUCAAAGUUAUUGAAAGUUCUGAUGCACAAGUACAACCCAGAAUCUCAUUUAGCUCUGCCCGACAUUGCAUUUCCUACUUUAAAUGGUAAACUAAUAGAGACUGAAGAUCAGGAAGAUGAUGAGAAAAGCCUUUCCGGUACAAGUAAACCAAAGGAUGGAAGCGAGUCAAGUAAUGGCCCCGCCACCCCCACGCUUACAUUUGUCAAACAAAUAGCCACCGGGGACAUCCUUGUGAAGAGGACUUUUAACGACUCCUCGGAAACCAUACAUCUAAGGAAAACUAUAAGACUAUCAAGUGAUUCCGAAAACAGAUCGGUAGUGCAGAUUAAACCUGAGUUCGUAAAGAAAAGUGACAAUGAAGCGCAAAUAAUGAGACCUAUAAAAUGUAGUAGUGAUUUAGUUAAAGACAUACAAAAUUCCCUAAUGGGAACGAAAAAUAAGACUUAUGGUGAUAAAAAAUACGGUGUAAAUAAUCAGAAUGUUUCCAGUGUGAACUUUAUAAGACAAAGUGCAAGUGAAAGUGAAACAAAUUCAUUUCUUAAGACUAAAAAAAUUAAUAAAAUGGACGACCCAGGAAAUGAAACAUGCAAAAAAUUUAAAAGAAAUGAAUGUUGAAACUUAAGCCUGUCCAUCUACCACACCUAUUAAAUUAUUUUAAUUAAGUGUAUAGUUGUUUGAUCUUGUAAAUAUUAGGUUAUUAAGUGUAACGUGUAUUUAAUACUAUAUCUAUUUUAUAGUAAUGUAAAGAACUGUAAAAGUUUACCUGUGUAUUAUAUUAGUACUCUAUACAAAUAUAAACAUGAAAGUUAAUAUUAA